AUGGAGCUUGGUAUGAGGAGGACGAGGACGAGGACGCUUUCCCUAGAUCCUAAAACAAACCUCACUCGCGACAUUGCGCACAGUUCUGGCCAUGCCGAUCAAAACUAUGAAGACUGGGAGCUACGGUCUAUGGUGGAAAAUUAUGUUGGCCGAGACCAAAAGUCUGGAUAUCCAAAGCGCGGGCUAGGUGUCACUUGGCAAAAUCUUACUGUCCAAGUCGCCAGUUCCGAUACAGCCAUCCACGAAAACAUUGUCUCGCAGUUUAACAUCCUCAAACGAAUCACAGAAUACCGUAAAAAGCCACCUCUCCGAACCAUUCUUGAUAAUAGCCAUGGUUGUGUCAAGCCGGGAGAGAUGCUUCUUGUUCUCGGACGACCUGGCUCAGGUUGCACAACUCUACUCAAGCAGUUGAGCAAUCAGAGGCAUGGCUAUAUGGAUGUCUCCGGGAGCGUGCAUUACGGCAGCCUGUCUGCGCAAGAUGCAGGAAAAUACCGCGGCCAAAUCGUCAUGAAUACCGAAGACGAGCUCUUCUUCCCAACUUUGUCGGUAGAGCAGACGAUGGAUUUUGCAACGCGGCUGAAGGUCCCCUUCCGACUUCCUGAAGGUAUCAGUACGCAAGAAGAGAUACGGCUGGAAACACGCCAGUUUUUACCGAAAUGUUUGGGCAUUGAGCGUACCAGGAAUACAAAAGUCGGCAGCGAGUAUGUUCGUGGAAUUUCAGGCGGCGAAAGAAAACGAGUGUCCAUCAUUGAGACCUUAGCCACAAAAGGAUCGGUGCUUGUCCUUGACGGCGGGAGGCAGAUUUUCUAUGGCCCUAUGCGCGAGGCCACCCCUUUUAUGGAAGCGCUCGGGUUCAUCUGUCAGGAUGGUGCGAACACUGCCGAUUUUCUCACUAGUGUGACGGUCCCUACAGAGAGAGAGACCAAGGCCAACAAGUCGUUUCCGACCAGUGCAGAGGAGAUACAGAAGCAGUACGAAGCAUCACCCAUCUAUGAAAGUAUGGUAACGGAAUACGACUAUCCCCAAAGUACUGAAGCUAUGGAAAAGACUGACAGGUUUGUUGAAGCUAUCAAACUUGAAAAGGCUAGCUCCUUGGGGAGAAAUAAUCCAAUGACCAUAUCCUUCACUGCCCAGCUCAUGGCCUAUAUCAAAAGGCAGUGUCAAAUCCUUUGGGGUGAUAAGGUGACAGUGGUCGUUAGACAGGCUGUCAACCCCACCCAGGCAUUCAUAUCAGGAUCCCUUUUCUACAAUGCGCCCGAUACUUCAUCUGGUGUCUUUUUGAAAACCGGCGCUUGUUUCCUCGCCUUACUGUUCAACAUCCUCAUGUCAGUGUCCGAGGUUAUUAGCUCUUUCAGUGGCCGGCCAAUCCUUAUAAAGCAUCAAUCGUUUGCUUUUUUCCACCCCGCUGCAUUCUGUCUUGCACAGAUCGUUGUUGAUAUCCCCAUAUUCCUCGGCCAGAUCUCGGCAUUUUCUGUGAUCCUUUACUUCCUCGUUGGCCUUGAUAAGUCUGCAGAAAACGUUUUUUACUUGCUGGGCUAUAUUGACCUCUUCUACAAUGCUAUUGGUGCAUCCUUACAGACCUUCGACGCAGCAUCAAAGAUAUCAGGCCUUACCUUGCUCGUAGCAGCCAUGUAUUCAGGAUACAUGAUCCCCAAAACCGAUAUGCACCAUUGGUUUGAGUGGCUAUUCUGGAUUAAUCCAAUAGCCUACGGUUUGGAGGGACUGUUGACCAACGAAUUCCAUGGCAGAGCGAUUCGGUGUGUAAACCACAACUGGGCCUUUUGGAGUCUCUUUGCCGUCCUCACUAUUAUGGCCGCCAUGUAUUGGAGGCCGCCCUCGGAUGGUCAACCUAGUCUAGUUACACCUUGUGAGCUCACUCCUAAGGCUUCAGUGCCUCACCGGAUUGACGAAGAAGCACAAACAUCAGAAGCGCCAACCCUUCCCAGUAGCACCCUUUCUACGUCAGAGAAGUUCGAAGCCGAUAACGGCCAGACAGAUUUAAUCCGCAACACCAGCAUAUUUACUUGGAAAAAUCUUACCUAUACUGUCAAGACGCCAUCGGGUGACCGCGUUCUACUGGACAACGUCCAAGGCUGGGUUCAACCGGGCGUACUUACAGCUCUCAUGGGUUCUUCUGGCGCAGGUAAAACGACGUUACUCGACGGUCUAGCCCAAAGGAAGACUGAAGGUACCAUCAGAGGAUCUAUAAUGGUUGAUGGUUACCCGUUACCUAUAUCUUUCCAGCGAUGUGCUGGUUAUUGCGAACAACUUGAUGUACACGAGCCUUACGCAGCAGUGCGUGAGGCACUAGAGUUCAGUGCUUUGCUCCGUCAGGACCGAAAGACGCCUUAUAAGGAGAAGCUAAGAUAUGUUGAUGCCAUUAUCGAUCUCUUUGAGCUACAUGAUAUCGCAGAUAGGCUCAUCGGCAGUAUUGGAAAUGGAUUGAAUGUGGAGCAGCGAAAACGCAUCACUAUAGGCGUCGAGCUGGUGUCAAAGCCCAGCAUUCUCAUCUUUCUUGAUGAACCUACGUCUGGUAUUGAUGGGCAGUCGGCAUACAGUACUGUACGGUUCUUGCGUAGGCUUGCCGCAGCAGGAAAAGCUAUCCUCGUCACAAUCCAUCAACCGUCAGCCCAAUUCUUCGGUCAGUUUGACAAGCUGCUGCUUCUCACCACAGGCGGCAAGACAGUCUACUUUGGGGAUAUUGGUGAUCAAGCACAGGUUGUGAAGAGCUAUUUUGAGCGGAAUGGCGCCCCAUGCCCGGCCAAGGCCAACCCUGCUGAGCAUAUCAUUGACGUUGUCUCUGGAGCACAAUCUCAUGGCAAGGAUUGGAGCCAAGCGUGGCUCUCUUCGGGAGAGUAUGAGGUGAUGUCAAAAGAGCUAGAACAUCUCAUCUCAACAGCUAGCUCUCGCCCAGCGACUCUUCCCGACGAUAGCUACGAGUUUGCAGUACCUCUUUGGGAGCAGAUUAGACUUGUAUCAAAGCGGAUGAGUAUUUCACUUUACCGCAAUACAGGCUAUGUCAACAACAAGUUCAUCCUCCACAUUUUCGCUGCCUUGCUUAACGGCUUCAGCUUCUGGAAGAUAGGGAACUCCUACGGUGAUAUGCAACUCCAACGCGAUGUCUUUGAGGCACGUGAGAAGAAGUCAACAAUGUACUCAUGGGUUGCUUUUGUUACUGGGCUCAUUACAUCCGAGGUUCCUUACCUUGUUAUUUGCGCUGUUUUAUAUUUCAUCUACUGGUACUAUACAGCUGGUCUUCCCUCCGAAACAUCUCGUUCCGGCUCUAUCUUUUUUGUAAUGCUUAUGUACGAGUUCCUCUACACAGAUAUUGGGCAAUUCAUUGCAGCAUACGCACCCAAUGAUGUUUCAGCGUCCCUGGUCAACCCGUUACUCAUUGGCAUAUUGGUUUCUUUCUGUGGCGUGCUCACGCCGUACACCCAGAUCCCAGCGUUCUGGCGCCACUGGAUUUACUGGCUCAACCCAUUCAACUACCUUAUGGGGAGCAUGCUCGUCUUUUCCUUGUGGGGGCGGGAUAUUGAGUGCAGCCAAGCCGAAUUAGCCGUCUUCGAUCCCCCGAACGGGUUGACCUGUGGUGAAUAUCUCGGUGAAUAUCUGGCUUCACCAUACGGUGCACUGAACAACUUGACCAAUCCAGGCUCCCUCAGUGGGUGUCAAGUGUGUCCUUUGACACGCGGGGAGGGUUACCUCUAUACACUCAAUUUGGAUGCAUACCACUACGGAUGGCGGGACGCUGCAGUUGUUGUUGUAUUUGUUCUCAGCUCAUACGGCCUAGUAUACCUAUUGAUGAAGCUGAGAUCCAAGACGUUAAAGACAGCGCAGUAA